AUGCCGCGCAGUCCGAGUCCUAGAGAUCGUCAUCGUAGCCGUUCCCGAUCGAGAAAGGAAAGACGCUCCCUGUCACCAAGAGAUCAGAAAAGAGCACGAAGAGGUCGAUCGUCCUCAACCAGCGAUCAAGAUAGGCAUCGUCAUAGAAAAAGAAGAGAACGUUCCUCGUCGAGAGAUCUUGAUAGCGACAGAGAUAGCGGAAGGAGAAAGAGCAGAAAAGAAAAGAGAGAGAAAAAGGAGAAAAAGGAGAAAAAAGAAGAGAAGCGGAAGGAAAAGAAGCAACGAGAAUUAUUAGAGAAGCAGUCCUUGGUCGAAUUUUCUGCAUAUUCGAAUGCUGAUAAUCCAUUCGGUGACGAUAAUCUCGGUCAACGGUUUGAAUGGGUAAAAAAAAAAGAGAGAGAUAAGAAGCUGGGUAUCUCUCCAGAAGAGGCAUUGCGUCGCGAGCGAGAAAGACAUGAAGAAACGAGAUUAGAAUUGGAAAAGCUCAACAAAAGACGAGCAGAAAGGGAAAUCGAACAACAAUUAAGAGAGGAAGAACUCGCACGACUGCAACGCGAAUUUGAGAUAGCUGCUAUGGGCGAUUGGGCAGCGAAGGAAGACGACUUUCAUCUCCAGCAAGCAAAAAAGCGCGCUGAAAUUCGUAUUCAAGAGAACAGAGCAAAACCAGUCGAUAUAUUGGCAAUAAAUCUACGUCUAGCUGACGAAUCGGAAAGUGUCGACGAAUCAUUGGAAAUUGACGUGGAUGAGCCAUACACUAUAUUUGAAAAUCUUACUAUACAGGAAGUAGAAGAAUUACACCAAGAUAUUCAGAAAUACUUGAGUCUGGAGAAGAAUGCCGCAAAUCUCGAUUUCUGGCGGGCCAUGAUUGUUGUGUGUGAUGACAAGUUAUCCGAACUUCGGUCCGAGGCUGAAAGUAUUGCAACGGGUCAUGUCGUUGCUCCAGUCAAGGAAGAGAUCAACACUAUGCUUGCUAACAAGACGUAUGAACAGCUUAACAUCCUCCAGGGUCAGAUUCAAAGUAAGCUGGCAAGCAACGAACCUUUAGAGGUCGAAUAUUGGGAACAAUUAUUAAAAGCGCUAACAGUUUGGAAAGCAAAAGCCAAGCUAAAAUCGAUGCAUGAAAUCGUCUUAAAGAAGCGAUUGGAACAAUUACGCAGAAAACAACGAGAGGAAGCUAGUAAAGUACAGGAAGAGUUGGAGACAGCACUUGCUUCGCAUGGAGGACAUGUGUAUGGGGAAGGUUUAGGAGAAGAUGUGUCUUUAGAGGAAGAGGAGUCAGAAGAAGCGGAUCUGUUAAUCGAACCGUACGAUCCAUCUAUGAGUCCUAUGCUUGUUCCCAGGCUAACGAAGGAAGACAAGCAAUUGGACAUAUUGACAGAAUGGGAAGACUAUCAACAACUGUUAGAGAAACGUAAAGAGGUGCUACGAAAUCAAUUCAUUCCGAUGAAAAUUCAACCAAAGAAAGCAAUACCCGAGGAAGAAGAUGAGUCUAUGGUGUCAAGAGUAUUAUACGAAAGAGAAGCCGCAAAAGAUUUGGAUGAGGACGAAGCAAUAUUUAAUAUUGAGGAAGAGCUGGCCAAGACAACCUAUCUGUGGCAAGAUAAGUAUCGCCCCAGAAAGCCUCGGUAUUUUAAUCGUGUUCAUACCGGAUAUGAAUGGAACAAAUACAAUCAAACUCACUACGAUAGUGACAAUCCUCCGCCAAAAGUCGUGCAGGGAUAUAAAUUCAAUAUAUUUUAUCCAGAUCUUAUUGAUAAAUCCAAAGCACCAACAUACAGAAUCGAGCGAGAGCCUGGAAAUAACGAUACAGUUCUUAUUCGAUUUAUUGCUGGUCCACCUUAUGAGUACUGUAUAAUGAAGCCUACAGUACGCUUCAAUACUCCAUAUGCGGAAGAUGACGAUGACGACGACUCUCGUGUACAGCGACAAGACAUUCCCACUCACCCCGACGGUUUAGAGUACGAGGAAUCCUAUGAAGAACACAGUAUAAAGAACCACGCCUACAAUACUAGUGAAACGUACGACGAGAAAUACGAUAUAGAACGUAGUAGAAACAUAGAUAAUGCACGACAGCCGCAUCAUAAUCAACGGUCACAGCGUUAUGAUCAACGACUCCGAACAAAUGAUGGACAGAACAAGAACAUUGGAGCAAAGAGAGAUUCGCACAAUGCCCAUAACGGACGAGAUCCAUACAGGGGACAAUAUAAUCCAUAUCACUUCCGCCGCAUGAGCAGACAAGAUUCUAUAGAUGACUCUGACUUGCAUGAAUACAGGAUAGAAAAUCUCGAUUGGGAUGACGAUCCUGUGUCAGAUGCGUCAGAUGAUAACAGACAUCAUAAUUACGACAAAACACAUGACCACUAUGACGACGAUUGCGAGUUAUUCAAUCGCCGAGCAUCCAUGAUAUUUCACGAAAGUCAGAAAGAGAGAUUGGAAUGGCAGAAUAUGCUGGCAGCUGUGUUGAAAGGUGAAAUAAUAAAAUCCGAAAAACGUCGAUUAUCGAGAGGAAAGCAGAGGGAACAGGUGAAUAACAUGAAUCAGAUAUGGUGGGGUUUACGAUCUAUGACACACGGUCAUUCAGUUACUGAAGAGAGGGCCUUUAUAGAAGAACAACGUCAACAAGUAGAUGGUGUAUUACAAGAAGUCAUUAAUUUUGCUCUCAAACCGGGUGAUGUUCCUGCCAUAGAUCAAGUGGCAGAGCUAUUGCAAAGGGUAGAUAAAUGUGAGAGUUUAUAUCCAUCGCGUAAGAUGAUGAUGGAGAGCAAGCCAUUAUACAAAUCAUCCGAAUUAGAAUAUACCCUGGAUGCACUAAACUCAUGGUUGACAGUGACACGCAGUCUGCAGACUCAGUUAAAAAUUCUACAAAACUGGACGGUUAGCGAGACCCUGGAAAUUGCUCGUCCUAACGAUGCUCCUCCAGAUGCGGAGAAUCCAUCGUUCAUAGAAAGAAUAUUAAAAGAGAAUGGUCUUAAAAGAACAUUCGAGAAGAGGACUCUGUCUACUCUUAAUUCUCUGUUAGGGAAGGCUAAAAGAGUCAUGAUAGACAAUGCUGACGCGUUUGCCAAGAUGAAACUGCCUCCAUAUAUCAAUGAAUUACAAAAACUGCUCAAUUUUCCCACGAAAUUGAUGGAAGAAUGCAUGAAGUUACUUUUGGAAUACGCUAAUCGUUUGACUUCUCCUACUAUAGUCAUGAUUCAACAGACAAUGGAUGAUUUUCGUAUUGCCUUGGAACUAGCCUGUCAAAUCAAACAUCAAUAUCUUGAAUUAAUGACACCUGCUCCCGGGUGGGAAAUUCCUCCCUGUAUAGACAAGAACUAUAACAAGGUGUUGUUGGAUUCAUUAAAGUUCUACUUUAAACUAUUACAAUGGAAAUUGAAGAACGGGAUAAAGGCUGUAACAGUCAAAGAAGCAGAAAUGUUGGAUAAUGAAUGGCAAUUUCUCAAUCGAAUAUGUCGACGCAUUGAAGGUGGGGAGUCCACGGUUGCCGUACAAUUCUGUAUAUUAAACAAUAAACUACUUCAGAGCAUCAUAUCGUCCUUGGAAUCUCAACUCAAGCUACCAGAGAGCUUUGACAAUGCUGACAAGGCGAAGUGGUAUAACAAAUGCUUGGAGAACAUACGGUUAAGAACACGAAAGCUAUUACGUUUUACUAGAUAUUUGAUUGAACAACUAGAAAACGCUUCAGAAUACUACAUCGAAGACGAACGCUACCCUGCGUUUAUUGAAUCUCUCAGACAAUCGAAUCAUGUGCUUAUUGCUUCGGAGAACACGGAAAGCAGUGAAUUCACCAUUGUAGCCACGCCAUCACUUGCCGAGCAACCAGAGAGGAUAAUGCAAAUGUUGAGAUCAAUCCUCGCUCCGACUAAUCACGAGAAACCGAAUAUUCACGAUAGGCGGAAUGCUUACGAUAGGCGGAAUGCUUACGACGACGAAAACGAACCAGACGAAUACGAAUACGUUCUUGUUCUCUCUCCACCAAUGGCCUUUGAAUGGACAGGUCAAUUCAUACAAACUUCGAUGGUUAAUCUAGAUUUCCCUGAUUUUAAGAGAUAUCGGACACGCCUAGUCGCAGACGGUGCAUCAGGCAGGUUACAGAAUUGUAAGAAGAAAUUCAGUGGAUGCGUUGAUGGACUAGAAAUGAAAUGUGUUUUAGAGACAAGAGCCAAUGUAUGUAAUGUAAAUAGAGAAUUAACGAAAGUUAAAAAGACAGCACUUAGGUUCGUCAAUAUCCUCAUCGACAGCGUGGGUAGCAUUCGAAAGAGUAUCGAAGGAGUACAAGAUCAAGACUUGAUUGAGAAUUGCUUUGGGUUUGCCACAGAGGUAGGAUCACAAUGCCUCAGAUACAUGCAUCGAGAUCAAGUGCGAGUCGAUCUAAACGAAAAACUGACCAAAUUGGCUACCGAAUGGGUUAGUUUUAUAUGCGAUGAUUGUAUACCGACCGAUCGUAAGACAUAUCGAUGGGCAGUGAAUGCAUUAGAGUUUGCUAUGACUACCAAUAGAGGAAAUAAUAUUCUGGGAUUAUCAGAGGAAGAGUUUGAGAAAUUAAAAGAAAAAGUCUCAUUGUGUAUGAGAUUGUUGGUUCAACACGUGGAUAUCGGCGGUGCUAAAUCGACACGAGAAGCACAGGAGAGAGAGCAAGUAGAGGUAGCUGGAGUGUUAGCAGACAGGAAAAAGAAGAACACUGCUGGUAAUUCUAGCAACAAGGCAACCGAUUCGCUGACACUUCGACAAGAGAUGAUGAGUGCAUUACGUGAACUAGAAACAAGGAGAUUACAGUCGCAAAUGGAGAAUCGAUUGAUAGGAAAGGUGCUAGAUGACAAUCAGCCUGAGUAUAGACCACUGGUAUUUCUUGCGUCGUCAAGUUCCAACAUAUCACUCAGAUGGCAGCAAGGCAAGUUUCUUGGUGCUGGUACGUUCGGAUCCGUAUAUUUGGCUGUGAAUCUGGACUCGGGAGAGUUGAUGGCUGUCAAAGAGAUAAGAUUUCCCGACCCGUCAUCUCUAACGACAUUGUACAAGUCUGUUAAGGAGGAAAUGUCAGUUAUGGAAAAGCUCAAUCAUCCCAACAUAGUAUCGUAUUAUGGAAUUGAAGUACAUCGUGAUAAGGUGUAUAUAUUUAUGGAAUAUUGUCAAGGCGGAUCUCUUAGCAGUCUGCUAGAUCAUGGGCGCAUUGAAAAUGAGACUGUGAUACAGUGUUAUACAUAUCAGAUGUUGAAAGGGAUAUCAUAUUUACAUGACAGUGAUGUUAUACAUCGAGAUGUUAAGCCAGAUAAUAUCCUCCUUGAUCAUGCGGGAGUUAUUAAAUUUGUGGAUUUUGGAGCUGCCAAGAUACUCGCCAAGAAUCAAAAGACGAUGGGUAGGACGACCAUGGGAAUACGUACUGGUGCAAAUAGCCUAACGGGAACGCCGAUGUACAUGGCACCAGAAAUAAUUACUGGGGGAGAGAAAGGUCGGAAAGGUUCAAUGGACAUUUGGUCUCUGGGUUGCUGUGUUUUGGAAAUGGCAACUGGACGUCGACCAUGGCAUAAUCUCGACAAUGAAUGGGCAGUGAUGUAUCACGUGGUCACGGGACAUCCUCCUCUUCCAGACCCGUCUCAAUUGUCUGAAAAGGGGAUAGACUUUCUCAAACAGUGCUUCAUUCAGUCGGCAGUUGUCCGUCCAACAGCAAAGGAGCUUCUCCAACACUCAUGGAUAAGAGAGUUUUCUGACGUAUUCGAACCUAUCAAUGGGAACGGAGAAAAUAACAGUUACAAUACUAGUUCAACCGAAGACGCGGCGCUAUCCGAAACUUCAAUGAUCAGUGUGGAGAGUGAGGCAGGGUUAGGAAAUGUGCAUAAUGGGGGAAACGAAGCAAACUUGAACGUGGUGAGCGAGAUGGCGUCGGAAGAAAUACGAAAAGUAGAUGAAACGACAAGUAAACCGUUGAAUGGAAUAAGUGGUGAUGUGAUAUCAUUUAAUUAA